AUGGCUAUUUUGAGCAGACUCCAUCGCAUUGUCGGCGAUAAGUCUGAGACAAAUACCCAGGAUGUCAUUGAAGAACCGAAUACGGUGCAAUUGGGGGCCGAUGAUAAGGAAGCUGCGCAUGUUCCGGUGGAUGAGGUUGUUGACGAUGCGAGCGAGAAGGAUAAGCCGGCUGAGAAUGCUCAGGAGGGUGUGAGGAAGAUCGAGGCAGUAACUUUGGCCUGGAGUAGAGCGUCGAUGUUUACGGUCUUGGUAUUGAUCUGGUUUCUUACGCUCGUCAAUAACAUGAAGAGCACCAUGGUCUACAGUUUGACUCCAUACGCCACGAGUUCCUUUAUGGGACACUCGCUUUUGACUGUGGUUAAUAUUGUGUCAUCUGCUAUGACGGCUGCCGUUUACAUUCCGAUGGCCAAGGCACUGGAUCUUUGGGGUCGCGCUGAGGGAUUUCUCAUUAUGGUUGUCUUUUCCAUCCUUGGGCUCGUGCUUCUAGCUGUAUCCCAUAACCUACCGACCUAUUGCGCUGGUGAGGUCUUCUACUCUGUCGGAUUCGGUGGCCUCGUCUACAGCUGGGAUGUCCUCGCGGCAGAUGUCACGAACCUGCGAAACCGAGGCCUGGCUUUUGCCUUCACCUCCUCCCCGGCAUUGAUCUCCGCAUUUGGUGGAUCUAAAGCUGCUGCAGAGUUUCUCCUUCAUGUUGACUGGAGAUGGGGCUAUGGGAUUUGGACAAUCAUUCUGCCUGCUUUUGCGCUGCCUGUCUAUCUGCUGCUGGCAUAUAACCUGCGCCAGGCGCAAAAGAAGGGAAUCAUUACGAGGGGGAAGAAGAAAUGGUCGAUCAAUUUGCGGAGUAUUUGGUGGGUUGUUACAGAGUUUGACUUGCCAGGCGUGAUCCUCUUCGCCGGCGGCUUCGUAGUCUUUCUCCUCCCCUUCACCCUCGCCAGCAGCGCCCCAGACGGCUGGAAAACAGGCUACAUAAUCGCAAUGAUAGUAGUUGGCUUCGUGGCAAUCAUAAUAUUCGGCUUCUACGAAACCUACCUCGCCCCUGUUCCAUUCCUAAACUACAAAUUCCUCACCGACCGAACCGUCCUCGGCGCCUGCCUCCUGGACAUGACCUACCAAAUCUCCUACUACUGCUACGGGAGCUACCUCUCCUCCUUCCUACAAGUGGUCUACGAGCUCGACGUCGCAACGGCCGGAUACGUCGGCAACACAUUCAGCGUCGUCUCGUUCGUCUUCCUAUUCAUCGCCGGCUGGCUGAUCCGCGCAACGGGCCGCUUCAGGUGGAUUCUCUGGGUCUGUGUUCCGAUGUACAUCUUCGGACUCGGUCUGAUGAUCCAUUUCCGCCAGCCAGGUGGGUAUAUCGGGUACAUUAUCAUGUGCGAGAUUUUCUUCUCUGUCUCUGGUGGUAUUUUUAUCCUCUGUGUGCAGCUUGCUGUUCUCGCUUCCGUUGAUCAUCAACAUAUGGCGGCGGCCUUGGCGCUGCUUUUCGUCAUGGGAAGUAUUGGGGGUGCAAUUGGGAGCGCGAUUUGUGGGGCUAUCUGGACGAAUACGUUCUACAAGCAGCUUCAGCAGAAUCUGCCGGCAUCGGCGUUGCCGAAUAUCUCCCUGAUCUAUUCGCAACUUCCGACGCAGCUGAGUUAUGCUGUUGGGACGCCUGAGCGGGAUGCUAUUGUCAAGUCUUAUGGCUAUGCACAGCCCAGAAUGCUUAUUGCCGGGACUUUGUUUAUGGUGUUGGGAUUUGCUUGGGUUGCGAUGAUGCGAAAUCUUAAUGUUAAGCAUAUGACACAGACGAAGGGUAAUGUUCUGUGA